AAUAUAUCUAAAAAUCUAUCUUUAUACGUUUGUGUUUGCAAGCUUGUCUUAAAUAGUAAGCAACAGGGAAAGUUUGUGGAAUUACCGGGAGCUGAAAUGGGAAAAGUUGUUGUUAGAUUUCCUCCAGAAGCAAGCGGAUAUUUGCAUAUUGGACAUGCAAAAGCUGCUCUAUUAAAUCAACACUAUCAAUUGGCUUUUAAUGGCCGUCUUAUACUGCGUUUUGAUGAUACAAAUCCAGCAAAGGAGAAGGAAGAUUUUGAGAAGGUUAUAUUAGAAGACAUUGAUAUGUUGAAAAUUAAACCCGAUACUUUUACAUAUACUUCUGAUCAUUUUGAUCAGAUGUUAGAUAUAUGUGAGAAUGGAAUGUUAAAAGAAGGCUUAGCUUAUGUGGAUGAUACAAAUGGAGAUGAAAUUCGUUUAGAACGGGAGAAGAAAAUUGAAUCAAUAAAUAGAAACAACUCAAUUGAGAAGAACUUAGAAUUGUGGAAACAAAUGGUUUUAGGUACAGAAAUCGGUCUUAAGUGUUGUGUUCGAGCUAAAAUUGAUAUGCAAUCUGCAAAUGGAUGUUUGCGAGAUCCAACAAUAUAUCGUUGCAAGCCUGAACACCAUCCUAGAACUGGUGAUAAGUAUAAGGUAUAUCCAACUUAUGACUUUGCUUGUCCUAUUGUGGAUAGUUUUGAAGGUGUUACUCAUUGUUUACGUACCACAGAGUAUACUGAUCGUGAUGCUCAAUAUUAUUGGUUUUGUGAUGCAUUAAAGCUUGGUACUCGCAGCAAUGAAACCAGACCUUAUGUGUGGUCGUAUUCGAGAUUAAAUAUGACUAAUACUGUUCUGUCGAAAAGAAAGUUAACUUGGUUUGUUGAACAAGGCCACGUAGAUGGAUGGGAUGAUCCACGAAUGCCGACUGUCCGUGGUGUCUUCAGGAGAGGAAUGCAGGUGGAAGCAUUGAAACAAUUCAUAGUGGCCCAAGGGUCGUCCAGAACUGUUACAGCUAUGCAAUGGGAUAAAAUUUGGUCAUUGAACCGCAGUAUCGUUGAUUCAAUAGCACCAAGGCAUACUGCUUUGUUAUUAUCCAAUUCAAAUAAAGAAAAUGCAGUAUUAUCUUAUCCGCCAGUUGAAGUUGUUGUAGAGAAUGUUGAAAAACCAUAUAAAAUUGACAAUGUCCCUAAACAUCCUAAAAAUGUUCAAUUAGGAUUAAAGAAUUGUGUCUGGGCCGCACCUAAAAUUCUUAUAGAUUAUAGUGAUGCAGAGUUAUUAGAAGCUGGACGACGAGCAACAUUUAUUAACUGGGGAAAUCUCCUGAUAAACCGUAUAGAAAGGAACCAAAACAAUAAUAAUAUAGAGAGAAUUUAUGCAGUGUCUGAUCUUGAAAAUACAGAUUUUAAAUCUACAGUCAAAGUUACGUGGUUACCAAAAAUCGAUUAUUCAGAAUCUGAAGAAGUUUUGCCUAUUCUGGUUCCAAUUGUUUGUGUUUAUUUUGAUCACUUAAUUAGUAAAGCAGUAUUAGCCAAAGAUGAUGAUUUCAAGCAAUACUUAAAUACAGAAAAUAGUCGUUGGGAAUUGCAAAUGAUAGGUGAUUCAGAGUUGAAAGAUUUAAAGAAAGGAGAUGUGAUUCAGCUACAACGUAGAGGUUAUUUUAUAUGUGAUUCGACGUACCAGCCAUACAGCAUUCACUCGGGAAAAGAAAUGUCACUAGUGUUGUUUAACAUACCUGAUGGUCACAGAAAGUCAAUAACUACCAUUCCUUUACCAAUCUCCACAAGUAAUAUUAAGGAUAAAAAAUUGAAGAAAAAAGAGAAUAUUGCUGUGGCCACUGAUAGUAGUAUAAACGCCAAAAAAGUAACAAAAUUAGGGUUGGAAGUACAAAAGGUAUCGGAAAAUCUUGGAGAAUGGUAUUCUCAAGUGUUGGUUAAAGGCGAAAUGAUUGAGUAUUAUGAUGUAAGCGGAUGUUACGUGCUCAGGCCUUGGGCUUACAGAAUAUGGGAAUUAAUACAAGAAUGGUUCGAUGCACGGAUUAAGAGAAAGCCUCUUAAUAUACAGAAUUGUUAUUUCCCAAUGUUUGUAUCACAAGGAGCAUUAGAAAGAGAAAAAGAACAUAUUGCAGAUUUUGCACCAGAGGUAGCUUGGGUUACCAAAUCUGGUGAAACGGAUUUAGCUGAACCUAUUGCUAUAAGACCAACAAGUGAGACUGGGAUGUAUCCAGCUUUUGCGAAAUGGAUUCAGUCGUACAGAGACUUGCCAUUGAAACUCAAUCAAUGGAACAGCGUUGUGAGGUGGGAAUUCAAACACCCUCAACCCUUCUUGAGAACUAGAGAGUUUUUGUGGCAAGAAGGUCAUAAUGCGUAUGCAACUAGAGAAGAAGCAGAACGUGAUGUAUUAAUAACAUUAGGUUAUUAUGAGUAUGUUUAUAAGAAUAUGCUGGCAGUACCAGUGAUAAAAGGUAAAAAAACUGAAAAAGAAAAGUUUGCUGGAGGAAUAUUUACUACAACUUGUGAAGCAUAUGUAGCAUCUAGCGGUCGCGCAAUUCAAGGUGCCACCUCACAUUAUCUGGGUACUAAUUUUGCUAAAAUGUUUGAUGUUCAUUUUGAACAUCCAGACACGCACAAGAAAUCAUUUGUUCAUCAGAUUUCAUUUGGAAUGACAACUAGAACUAUUGGUGUUAUGGUAAUGGUUCAUGGUGAUGAUCGCGGGCUGGUUUUACCUCCACGCAUAGCAUCUAUUCAAGUAAUUAUUGUACCAUGUGGUGUAGGCGUUAAAACAUCUAACGAAGUCAAAGAUAAUUUGACUAGAACUUGUUUAGAUGUAUGUAACAGAUUAAAAGGAGAUAGUCUGAUAGAAAGUGAUGAUGAAAAUGACAAUAGCGUUAUCCAACAUCGUAAUUCUUCCUUAAUAAUAAGAGCGGAUACCGACUUGAGAGAUAAUUAUUCACCUGGAUGGAAGUUCAACCACUGGGAGUUGAAGGGGGUCCCACUGAGGUUAGAAAUUGGACCAAAAGAUUUGUCUCGAAACCAAAUAAUUGCUGUGCGCCGAGAUAAUGGAGAUAAACUAACUAUUCCCUUAGAGGGACGUCCAAAAGAUGACGGUGGAAACGACAAGAUGGUUAUAAGAAUAACCGAGUUAUUGAAUCAAAUACAGCAAGAUAUGUACAAUAAAGCAGAACAAGAAAUGAAAGAAAAUGUUGUGAUAUGUCGUAAAUGGUCAGAGUGUGCUGCACAUUUAGCAGCAAAACAUUUAUUAUUAAUACCAUUUUGUGGACGUCCUAUUUGCGAGGAUAACAUCAAACAGGAUACCACAUUGGACGAUGGUACUGCAGAUCUUGGAGCUUCGACAAUGGGUGCAAAGUCGUUAUGUGUGCCAUUUGAACAGCCCAAGGGAGCAGAUAUAUUAAAGUCCAAUGACCAGUGUAUACAUCCAAAAUGUGGGCACCCGGCUGGGUCUUUCACCCUAUUUGGCCGCAGUUAUUAAAUUAAGAUGUUCGCUAUUUAUGUUUAUGAUUAAUUAAUAUAAUACCAUCAUUUAUAAA